CCCUGAUUCCAAUCGCGAUCAACAAUAUUGUUAGUCGGUCUAAAGCAUUGCGUUUCAAUUGACUCGUGCAAGUAGGACGAGAAGGAUGCAAUCGAGAUUGCUUCAACUUCUCGUGGUGAUCCAUCCCAAGCUAUGAAGCAUGGCCUCCAGCCCACGACCGACCUCACCGCCGGUAUCGUAGGCUGGGAAAUCUGGCUCCUCUCAGCAAUAACCCUGCUGACACCAUUCGCGACAUCGGUCCUCUCGCCCGCGAUCAACACCAUUGACGCCGAAUUCGACAAUCCGGAUGCAGCAGUCGGAUCCUUAACCGUCAGCAUCUAUCUCUUCGGAUAUGUCGUUGGUCCCCUAUUCAUCGGUCCGCUUUCCGAAAUCUAUGGAAGGAAAAUUAUCCUCUGCGUGGCCAAUUUGUUCUUCUGUCUGUGGCAGCUGGGCUUUGCAUUGGCGCCGAACUUGGCGACUGGUAUUGGAGGCGCAGCGUGCUUGGCGCUCGGUGGCAGUAUCACCGGAGAUAUGUUCCGACACGAGGAGCGAGGUUUCGCCAUGGGGAUGUGGACCCUUGGACCUUUGUUCGGGCCCGUCAUUGGUCCUCUAAUCGGAGGUUUCCUCACGGAGCGUAUCGGUUGGCGAUGGGACUUCUGGAUAGUCCUUGCCGCAUCCGCACCUGUUACAGUCCUCAUCAUGAUCCUGACAAAGGAGACUUGUCAUAAAGUUCUCAUUGAACAAAAGACUGUGGAACUUCAACGAUCAGAAGGCCGUUCCGAUAUUCGAAGCUGUUAUGAUGAAACACAAGUCAACGGAACUUGGUCAAUCCUGAGAACCAGCCUCCUGCGACCCUUGAAAGUGAUGUUCCUAUCACCCAUUGUUUUCUUCCUAUCAUUAUACGUUGCAUUCAUUUUCGGCGUCGUCUAUCUGCUCUACACGACACUUCCCACCGUCUUCGAAGAUGAAAACAAUUUCUCUACCGAACAAACCGGCUAUCCCUACAUCGCUCUCGGGAUCUGGAAUAUCUCAGCAUGGCUCCUCUUCACGCUGUUAUCGGACAAACUAGUCCUCAAACUCACCGCUGCAAAUAACGGAGUCUUCACCCCUGAAAUGCGUCUCAUCACCAGCAUUCCCUCUGGAAUCCUCCUUCCCAUCAUCCUAUUCUGGUACGGAUGGAGCUCUCUCUACAAGCUACCAUGGCCAUCUAGAAUCCUCUCCCUAGUACCCUUUGGUCUCGGGAUCGUCGGACUCUACCUUCCGAUCAGCACAUAUAUCGUCGACAGCUAUCCGAUCUAUGCGGCAUCCGCGACUUCUGCAAAUGUCAUCUUCCGGAGUGUGGUGGGUGCACUUCUCCCGCUGGCCGGACCGCCUUUUUCCUUGCUCGGGUUCGUUUGCGUUGUGAUGGUUCCUUUGCCAUAUGUGUUCUACAGGAUUGGUGGCAGGUUGAGAGCGAAGCAACGAUUCUCGCUGUAGUCUCUGCUUCGGUGCUCAGAGUGCAAUGUCUGCUACACUGCAAUGCUCGGCCUUGAUAAGAAAUGACCAGGUGUGGUUUCAUGACGACGAAACGGAAGCCUUACCUUCAUAAGAUCUAUCUCCUUCCGAGAUUCAUUUUCAAAACCAAUUCAUUG